UUAAUUAUUUAUUUUCGUGUUCUCCGCGCCCCCACCGCCUUCGUCGUCGCCUUAAGGAACUCCUCCUCGCCCCCACCCGGAGACCGGAGUCCCGCGACCGCCUGCGCCUCCUCUGCCUUCUUCCUCCUAUAUUUGUGUACGUAUACGCGUACGUACUACUACUGCUGUGAACUUGCUUUAUCGCUUCUCUUUUUGUGAUUUCGGAUUGGGGAGGGAGGGUUUUAUCGAGUGCUGGAGACAGCGAAAGAUGCCGCGACCCUGCGCUCGUGAUCCCCGUGAGGCGGUCCGUGAGAAUGCCCCAUCGGCGGCCUCUCCUCCCUCGGCAUCCCACAUCCUCCUCCAACUACCCCCCGCCUUCUUUUGAUCACGAGAGCCACCCGCCCCCGUCGCCGAAGAAGCUCGUGGAGUCGAGCGAUCGGGCACCAGCGGCCGCUUGGAAACCCGGGAACCGGUUCUUGAGCACUCGCCCGAGGUCCGGCCUCGAUGAGGAGCGCCGGCCCUUGGUCGGACCCCGGGGGGGCGGUGUGAUGCCCCCGGCGGAAAUGUUCGGCGACCAGGACCGCUUCCUGAUUCCGUUGCAGCGGCUGUCCAGCGGCGGCGGGAGCAGCAGCUUCGGCGGCAGCUUGUUCACGGUGGACGGGAACGUGCUCUCCGGGACGACUGCCACCGUGGAGGGGAGCGGCAGUCUGUUGGCGGCAGUGGACGGCGGCAUGGAUCUGAGGGAUGAGUCGGCUGAUCGGAAUUGGGCGCAGAGGGCGCGGGAGAGCUAUUAUCUGCAGUCGUCGCUGGCAACCAGGUUGACGUCGCAGGCGUUCUUGGCCGGACAGCCGCUCCUCCUGCUGGAAAACUCUCAGGAGAUUUGCGGUGUCUCGGCCGAUUCGGAGACGGUGUCGUAUCGACUAUGGGUCAAUGGUUGCUUGUCUUAUUCUGAUAAGAUAGUUGAUGGAUUCUAUAACAUUAUGGGAAUGGAUCCUUACUUAUGGGCAAUGUGCAAUGAACCAGAGGUUGGUAAAAGGUUGCCCUCAUUGACGGCUCUCCAAGUAGUUGAUCCGAGUGAGUCCUCGAUGGAAGUUGUCCUUGUUGAUAAGUAUGCUGAUCUUAGCCUUAAACAGCUCGAAAACAGAGCUUUGGAGCUUUACCAUGCAUCAGAAACUAAGUUAGAGCUUGUAGAAAAACUCGCCGGACUUGUUUCUGGCUUUAUGGGGGGUGCAUUCAAAUCAGAGCAAGGUGAUCUUCAUCGAUUGUGGAAGUCGUAUAGCAAAGAACUAAGAAAACGUCAAAAAUGUGUUGUCAUUCCUAUUGGCAACUUGUCUAUAGGACUUUGUAGGCAUCGUGCCAUUCUCUUUAAGGAACUGGCUGAUUACAUAGGAAUUCCAUGUCGUAUAGCUCAUGGCUGUAAGUACUGUUCUUCAGUGCAUCCUUCUUCUUGCCUAGUGAAAGUUGAGGAUGCCAAACAGUCAUUCAGGGAAUAUGUGGUAGAUUUAGUUGGUGAACCAGGAAGAUUCUAUAAUCCAGAUUCAUCCAUCAAUGGCAAUUUGCUUUCGUCUCUGCCCUCCCCGUUCCAAGGUCCCCAUUUGCUUGGUUGUAAGAACUUGUAUACUUCUGAGACGACAUGGAAUCAGAUGCUAGUUCAAGAGCAAACAGGUAUGAUUGCAAGAAACUGUUAUGAUCCAUCUGAAAUAGAAGCUUCCAGACAAUUAAAAGUAAAGGCAAUUGGUAGCAAGGGUGAGAAGAAGGGGAAUCCUCCAACAGUACCUAAAUACUUGAAUCUGGAGCCUUCUCUUGCUAUGGAUUGGCUUGAGAUAUCAUGGGACAAGUUGGAGAUCAAGGAACGAAUUGGAGCUGGUUCAUUUGGGACAGUUUAUCGUGCUGAAUGGCAUGGAUCAGAUGUUGCAGUGAAGGUUCUUGCUGAUCAAGACUUUCAUGAUGAUCAGUUGAAGGAGUUUCUGAGAGAGGUUGCUAUAAUGAAACGAGUUCGCCAUCCAAAUGUUGUACUAUUCAUGGGAGCUGUCACAAAACAACCAUAUUUGUCAAUAGUGACCGAGUAUCUGCCUAGGGGAAGUCUUUACCGUCUCAUAAACAGAACUGCUGCUGGGGAAAUUUUGGACAGGCGGCGUCGGUUGCGGAUGGCCCUUGAUGUGGCCAAAGGUGUCAAUUAUCUUCAUUGUCUAAAUCCACCUAUUGUGCAUUGGGAUCUGAAGACUCCUAAUCUUUUGGUAGACAAGAAUUGGUCAGUGAAGGUUUGUGAUUUUGGGUUAUCGAGAUUCAAGGCUAAUACUUUCAUAUCAUCAAAAUCUGUUGCAGGAACACCUGAGUGGAUGGCUCCAGAAUUUCUUCGUGGAGAACCAUCAAAUGAAAAAUGUGAUGUUUACAGCUUCGGGGUGAUCUUAUGGGAGCUAUUAACAAUGCAACAACCUUGGAGUGGGCUUAACCCUGCGCAGGUUGUCGGAGCAGUUGCCUUUCAGAAUAGAAGGCUGGCAAUUCCUCAAGAUACUUGUCCCGUGUUAGCAGCUCUCAUGGAAUCAUGCUGGGCUGAUGAUCCAAGACAGCGGCCUUCCUUUUCGAACAUCGUUGAUACGUUGAAGAAGCUACUGAAACCACCUGUGCCACUGGAACAGAUGGCCAGCCCAUAGCCUGCCUGCCUGUCUGUCUGCCUCCGCCAGCAUGCGAUGCUAUUAUUCUUUUCUCGAUCCAUCCACAAGUAAAUCGCGUGAGUCCUACCGAGCUUAUAUUAUUUUCACUUGUGUAAAAUAUGCCGCAAUAAUGUGCUUAGUUUCGUCGCUAAUAUGUUCCUCUCGAUGAACAAUGCUAUACCAUGUGGUCACAUCAUUAGCAAGUCGCAUUAUGCCCUGUAGAGCUUGAUGCGUAAAGUAAGCCAUGUGAGUUGCAAAAUGAAACAGCAGAUACGCUGCCGAGAAGAAGGUUACUCUUUAAAAUUAUGAAGGUAAUGUGUAUGUAUGCACUGUGAAUAGCAAAAAUAGAAAGGCAGGAUAAAUUUUGGUAUUA